UGAUGUUGCUAGGCAACAGGACUCAAACAGGUGCAGGCCAACCGAAGAAGAAUUCGGUGCUGAACUGUUGGAAACUUUCCCAGUUGGAUAAAAUAAAACAGAUAAAAGUGCCUCUGCUGCUGCUGCUGCUAUACGUGGGGUCAAGAUGAGUGUGACUGAUGGAAAUAACAACUCACACCAACUGACGCGUACUGACACAAGUCUGAACAUACCGAAGGCUGGGAAACUGAAACCUGUAGGAGACAGAGCAGAGACCUGCUUACAAGAAGAGGCGAGGCCCCCCACCCCGCCGGUGAUAAGGAAAUUUCGCAGCAGCACCCAUCCAGAGCCAGGGGCCAUCAGAGUGCACCAAGGGAAGGCAAACGAUCCAGAUGUUGCCAGCACCCUUGUCCAUGGCAUCAACACCAAAUCUUCCCUCGGUGCCAGCAGUUUGUUGAAUCCCCCCCAAAAGACCUUGUUCCAGCAGAGGUUGCAAGAGCUCGGUGAAGCAGUGUACGCCUCUAGUCAAAAAGGGCCACUUGGCAGGUCCCAUGAUCAGCGUGCGGGACUUCCCACUUGGUGUAACGACAAAAACACAUAUGGUGUGAAAACAGUUAGAGGGGUGGAUGUGCGUGAGAUUAUUAACCCUCCAAAAACAGCAGAGGAAUUGGAGAGGGAAGCUCAGGAAGGACACAGCGCUUACAUUCAUAGCCACAACGCCUAUUUUGUUGGUGAGCGCAUUGACAGGAAGUACAACUGGAGCGACUACAGUAAAGAUGGCAGGUUUGGGAUCAUCACGCCUCAUUUCAACGACGGCCGCAAUAUUGGAAAAACUCUCCACUGGCUGGGCGAAACAAAGAAGAUUUACAAUGCAAGCAAUGGUUGGAAGAGAUCUGGGAACAAGGAAAAGAUGGCACAACAACUCGGCAAAACGAUUAAUGUGCGAGGAAAGACCUUGAAUAUUCCACCAGAUCACACCUUUGGAAGUUUCCUGCCAACCGAUGAAUUUGGUGUUGGAGAUAUAAUCCACUCCACUAAGCUGGGUCAUUAUGUGAGAGGCAGAGAUCAACAGCGCGGUCUAGUCAACGCAGUGCAACACCGCCUGAAGAAGGUCAACUUCCACAACUUCCCCUCCCUGCUGGAGGCGUUCAGACAUUAUGACAAGAAAGGCAAGGGGGCGAUUGAUAAAGAAGACCUGCAGGCAGUGUGCGAUCAGUUCCAGCUGGGUGUCAGCGGGCAGGUCCUGGACGACCUGAUAGACUACUGUGACAUGGACAAGGACGGACUUAUCAACUUCCUGGAGUUUGCUAACUUUCUCAACUGGAAGGACAAGAUGCCCAUCAAGAGUCGAGAGCAACACAUUCUGACAAACGAGCGUCAGACCAGCUCAGCUCCAGCCAACAUGGAGAGGAGGCCUUCGCCAGAAUCUGCUGAUUCUGAAGAGCGUCGUGUCUCUCAGGCCUUAAUUAAACCUGAGGACCUGGAACCUGUUGAGCCAGGCAGCUCUUUGAAAACCCUUAGGACCCUGAGGCGACCCAGGGCAGUCCAAGACCAAUUCAUGACCUCCUCUUCCCUCAUCGGGCCUGUCAGUGAUACAUUUACAUCAAGCAGUCGUACCUACGGGAUCCCGUCUGUGCGCUCCGACCUUCCAGCUCCCCGUUUAAAGAGAGUCAGUGACAGAACCAGCUAUGGUGUUGCGACAGCUCGAGAUCUCCUGCGUCCAUCAGUUCACGCCCUUCAGGGUGUUCAUGAAAAACAUUUCUUCUGUCCUCGCACCAAGCAGGAGAUUGCAGAAAUCUUCAGGAAUGUGGGUGUGAAUAUUUCUGAGGAGGUGUUUGAGGAGGCCUGGAAGUUGGCGUCCAUGAGGCAUCCGGCAGGGGAGGUUUGUGUGGAGGUUUUCCGUAACGUACUCAAAGAAAUAAAAGCGAUGUAACACUCAAGA